UUUUUUUUUCUUUGUUUCCCUUUCAAAUUUUCAGCUUUUGAAAAGGAUUUUAUUAAUUUUGGAACAGAAUGGGCUAUAAUGAAUGGUCAGACGAUGAGAACACGCAGCAUAAUCACGGACGCGAUAAGUUUCGUCAUGAACGUAGCUUAGAACGUGAUAGAUAUGGUGAAGAGUACGAGCGCUAUGACCGAAAGAAGCGCGGUCGUCGUAGCCCUACUCCUCCUGAAGACCGUCGACAUAAAAGAAGACCUUCUUAUUCACCUAUGAGAAAUUACUCACGUAAUAGAGACAUUAGAAAUGACCCUGAAACUGAUCACUACAUUCCAAACUAUGAUCGUGAUGGCUACAUGCCUGGACCUCGUUAUGGUAGCAAACCUGAACCUUCUCAGUUUGCUGGAGGAUAUCCCAUGAUGGAAAUGAUGGGUCCACAAAUGAUGAACCAAGGCUGGGUUGGAAGACUUCCUUUGGUCGAUCCAAUUCAACUAGAUUACCUUGUAUCUUUUAAGCAAUUUUCUGAAUACACCAAAAGAACUUCUAAUAGACGUAUUGAUGAUGAAGAUAUGCAAAAACGUUUCGCUCAUUAUAAAGAAAAAUUUGCUGCACGACAAUUAGCUCAAUUCUUUGCAUCCAAUCAAGAUAAAGAGUGGUUUCAAGAAAAAUAUCACCCUCAUCUUUCGCGUCCUCGACAAGAAGAUGUCAAAUCACGUAGACGUCGCUAUUUAACGGAAUUCUUGGAAGAAUUAGAAAGGGGUGAUUAUGACAAUUCGUGUUAUGAUGCUAAAGUGGAUCCAUCCAAAGAAACUACCAACGAUGAAGAUGAAACUGAGAAUACAAUGCCAACUACAGAAAAUAAUAAUGAAGACACGACUGAUGUCGAAUAUGAAACAAAGUUAGUCAUCAAAACUGUACCUCCAACCAUUGCUAGAGAAAAGAUUUUAGAGUUUUGUAGUAAAGUGGAAGGCUUUGAUUAUUUAGCUCUUUCAGAACCAAGUCCGAAUAAGAAAUUUCAUCGUAUUGGAUGGAUUACUUUCAAGGAAGGAACGGAUAUGAAAAAGACAUUUGAACAAUUAGAUAAUCAAAAGGUGGAUGAUUUUGUAUUUCACUUGGCUAUGAAUCGUAAAAAUGCAGUUCAAACCCGUAAUCCUCGUAACGCUCCUGAGAUUGCUAAUACAACGGAGCGUAUUCAAAAAGAUGUAGAACAAGCUAAAGAACUAGCACUUGCUCUUGAAUCCAUAUUAGGUGAAGAUACGCCAGAAGGAUUAAAGGCUGUUGAAGCUCGCACUGAAAAAGUAAUCAGCGAGCAUAAAGAUGAAAAGGAAGAAGAAAAUUGGAAAUUAAAAAAAUCAUUGGACAUGAUCAUUGCUUAUUUAAGACGAGUUCAUAUGUAUUGCUAUUAUUGUGCAUUAGAAUGUGAUUCAUCUGAAGAGUUGACAAGGAAAUGCUGUGAUCCUCAUUGUCGUAUUCUAUCUACUCAAAAAUCGGAAGAAUCCAAUACUGAUCCUAAACAAAUAGCAAAAGCCGAGCGAGGAAUGGCUCAAUGGGCGAAAAACUUGGAUCAGAGAAUAUCUUUAAAAAUUCAUACACCAGAUGAUCAUGAAAUCAAAAGAUUAGGUGGUCUUAUUUUGCAAACGGAACUUGAAGAAUUUGUUAAGGAACAUGUUCUUAAGGAGCACGAAUCCAAAUAUAAAUGCCAAGUGGGCGAAUGCUCUAAAGCAUUUAAAGGCUUUGAUUAUGUAGAGAAGCAUAUCUUAACAAAGCAUCCUGAAGAAACAGAGCGUAUUAAAACUAAAGUAGAAUAUUAUAAUAACUAUGUGUUGGAUCCCAAUCAUAUUUUACCCAAUACAAACACAAAUUAUGUCAAUAAUCAAGCCAUGAUGCCCAUGGGUAUGCCAUUCAUGGGCAUCAUGGGAACACCCCAAGGUAUGCAUUUACCACCUACUGCUGCUAUGGCAGGAACCCCUUGGGAUCAAAUACCUCGUAUUGGAUUUGGUAGUGGUAAUGGUGGUGGUGCAGAGAAUAUGUAUGGUGGUGGUUCAUACGCUGCAAGAAGAACAAGGGGAGGUAGUAAUACUAUGAUGGAUAUCGAUGCAUUCCCUAAAGACCCUAGACAAGUUAAAUCUUAUGUUGAUCUUGAUGCUCCUGCUGAAGGUGAUUCAAACAUUUCAUUUUAUUAAUUUUUUCUUUCUUUCUUCAUACACAUAAUACAUAUUAAUUGUGUUCGUC